UACCAGUUCUGCUGCAGGAAUGACCCGUUUGAUAGUGAUGAGUUCUGGCCGAUUCAGCUUCCAAAUUCCAAGCCUUUCUACUUGUUUAGACAUGCAAGUUCUACUUGUCAGGCUGUUGCAGGCAUGGCUGUUACUACUGAUAAGAUCCGGUUUGACGAGAAGGAUGAUCCUAAUCAUGAACGAACUGGUGCUGUCCCAUAUGAUCCUAUCUCGCGCAAUCAGUACUCCUUUCAACUGUGCUACUAUUAUCCUCUUAAUUAUGGCUGCAAUUAUGAGAUUACACUAGAUGAAAACAAUCCCUCUGCAACUAUCCAGACACCUAAUUAUCCUAACAAUUACAAUCCAGAGCAAAUAUGCAAUUGGUUUAUAAAAGCUCCUCAAGAGGCACGAGUGAAUGUCUACUUUGAAACAUUUGAUGUUCAUGGUGGCUUAGACGGUGUAUCAAAUCAUGAAACGAACUGCAAAGACUUUGUUGAAAUAAGACAAAGUUUACCAGGACAGAAAGGGAUUAAGGUUUGUGGUGGAAACAUGUCAAGAUCAUGGAUUGCAGAAACAAACCUGAUGUGGCUCACUCUA